AUGGACCCAGUGUCUGCUGUCAGUUUCGCGGCCACCAUACUCACCGUUGUCGACUUCUCAUGGAACCUUGUCAAGGGCUUUUAUCAAAUCCAUCAAUCUGUGACGGGGACGGCCACUGAUGAUGCGAGAUUAAGUACAGUCCUAGACGACCUACGAAAAGUCACAGACACUCUGCAGCACAAUGCAGCAGGGGACAGCCCUCACCUUGAAGAUUUACGGCAACUCGCCGCCGGCUGUGCUGAGGUCUCUCAAGAGUUGUCAUUGAUAGUCGAGAAACUCAGAAGGAAGGAAGGAAACAAGGCGUGGCGCAGUCUCGAGGCAACAUGGAAGCAUAUGCGGAAGGAGAAGGAGGUUGCGGGCAUUGAGCAGAGGCUUAACACUUACCGGUUACAACUUCUUCUAAGACUAAACCUUAUGAUGGGCGAACAACAAUCAUCAGUCAAAACUCGGCUAGACGAAAUUGAAAACAGUGGACUCACUCUGUCAGCAAAAAGCUUAGAUAGUCUCACUGACUUGGCUAAGGCCGUUGAAAGCCUGGAGCAGAAGCUGAUCAAAGAGCUUUCUGCUUCAUGGAGAAUGAACGAUGACGAGAAAGUAAAUUCGUUAGCGGUAAUUGGCAGUUCUCUGUCGGCAAUACUUUCACAGAUAGAGGCCAUUCCAAAAUUCAACACCCCAGAGGAGUGUAUUCUUCGACGGCUUUAUUUUUCCUCCAUGCAUUCUCGCUUGGAUACUGUGUCUGAGGCUGAAAUGGGUACCUUUGCUUGGCUACUGGAGGAUGAAGCGGAGGAGCUGCAUCUAGUAAAAUCAGGACCAACAAAAUUCACCACCAAUACAAACAACUCUUCUCCCAAGAGCCAGAACGAGCCGAAUGAGCAAGGCACAGAUCCAAAGAUAGAUGAGGAAUAUGAAGAGGAUGAAAAUUCCGCGGGGGCAAAUCACCCUACUAAUAAACCCUCCAUCAAGUAUUCAGACGAGCAGAGAUUGAAGGAAGAAGCUCGCCGGUCUUUCUUGGAGUGGCUCAGAUCAGGAGACGGAAUCUAUCACAUCUCUGGUAAAGCUGGUUCUGGAAAAUCUACUCUCGUGAAAUUUCUCUGUCAAAACCCACGCCUGACCAACGAACUCGAACAGUGGGCUGGGAAGCAAAAUCUCGUCUUUGCGAGUUUCUUCUUCUGGGCUUCCGGAGAUAGGCUACAAAGAUCUUUAGAGGGGUUAUACAGAUCGCUGCUCUUUGAGAUUUUGAGCCAAUGUCCUGAGCUUAUUGAGACAGUUUUCCCAGAACAGUGGGCGAAAAUGAGAUCAAACCCUACUAAAUGGGUAGGCAUGCCGUUGUUGUUUUCUGAGUUGAGACAAGCAAUGGAAACCAUAACAACUAAAUGCAGCUUUGCACAUCAUCGAUUUUUCUUCCUCAUCGAUGGACUUGACGAAUAUGAAGGGGAUAGCACCGAUCACCUCGCGCUGGCUAGAAGUCUCCAGAAAUGGUCGUUUUCGGCCGACAUGAAAAUGUGUGUAAGCAGUCGACCUCACACCGAAUUUCUAGAUGUCUUUGAUAGCAAUCUACAGAUGCACCUACAUCACCUGACACGGGCAGAUAUUGAACUGUUUACUAUGGCAAUGUUUGAAAAAGAAUCGAACUUCGACAACACAAAUGAAGGAUGCCGCGAAAUUGUUCGAGAUAUUGUCAAUAGCGCUGAAGGUGUCUUUCUGUGGGUUCGCCUUGUAAUCCGCUCAGUUCUCGACGGUUUCAGGCAUCGAUAUCCCGUAGCGCACUUGAAGCAAAAGCUUGAAAAGAUGCCAAGAGAGCUAGAUCUUUUAUUUGACAGGAUCUUCAACAGCAUCGAUUCAGGUAACCGGGAGAAAUCUGAUAAAAUGCUUCUUUUGGCUGCUGCUUAUCCAAAUAUUAACGUCCUUAUGUUCUCGUGGCUCGAUGAUCUUGAGGAUUCGGACUUUCCCUUCAACACGCCGAUUGAAGCAUACUCUGACAUUGAGAUACGAGAUCGACACGAUGUCGUGCGCCUUCAGUUGGAUGGUCUAUGCAAAGGCCUACUAGAAAUAGCUGGGAAUUUACGAGAAAUUCCAACUCAAGUAAAAGACAUAUACUUUGACUACCAAGUCCAAUUCUUCCACCGUACCGUGAGAGACUAUGUAAACGAACCUGCCAGAUAUGCAGAAAUCGAGGGGCGACUUAGCGAUUUUGAUGUUGAGGACGCAUACCGGCGCCUUCUGCUUGCAGAAUUCAGAUUUGCUAGGACAACAAAACAUUACUUCGAAAGUCAAGCACUGGGACAAACCCAACUGGUCUCGUGCUUCCACGACUUUUUUGAACGAGUUGCAGAUCAAGCACCGUUACGAUUUUGGAAAGAGUAUGAUUGGAUUCUCGACCAUCAUCGGCGCCAACCAUUCUCCUUUCCGGGGGAUACACAAGAAAAUCCUGGAGUCAUUGCUUGGAGCCAGCGCCUUGAAUCACAAGAUUGCGGUGGUGCACUAUCGGGCGACGAUAUUUCUUACCUUCAUUGGGCAGCAUCGUACGACCAACGAGAGUAUAUAAUUGAACAGCUGUUGUCCAAUCCUUCAUUACUCAACACCACCGACGAUGGGCGAAGUCUUCUAUUAACAGCUGCUAUAUCACCAUCGAAUCAUGACUUGGUUCAGGAUCUGUUAAAGUGUGGCGCAUCCCCAAGACAUCAAGUGCCAGUCACUUAUCAAGAAGGAGAGACUUUCAUCGCGUCAAUAUGGGCGGUGUUCCUUUUCAUUGUGGCUCGAAGAAGCGAGUUAAGGCGGAAUAAAGAUGUUGAAAAAAUGUUCCCGAUUAUGGAAGAGCUACUAAAGUCCGGUGCUGAAAGCAAUGUCUAUUUUCUCUUCAAACUCAGAAGCCAGGGUAACCUUGAAAAAGGGCCGGGUCAUUCUCAGCCGGACAGUGAAGAUGGCAUACGGUUCAUUACCUUGGAGGAUUUAAUUUUAAAGGCACGCCCGCCCAACAUGGAUACUCUUUUAGGAUUGAUACUGGACACAAAACAGUCUGAGCUGUGGAACGAGACUCUACGAGCAUUAAAAACUCUCGUGCUCUGGAACGGAAGCUCUAAUGAUGUACAAUCUCGCUAUAAGCGUGCUCGCAUUGAAGAAAUCGAUUCGAAUUACGUAUUAAAGGGCGUCGAUGUUUCGGGGGAAAGCCUGGAGGGAGAAUUCAACGUGAAAUGGUUUUGA